CGGGAGCUGCGCUGGCCAGGGGUUCCGGCUGUAUUUCUAUGAGCGCAGCCGGCAGCCGUGGAGCUGCGGGAACCGGACACCGGGCGAGCUGGACCGCUGGAGUCAACGAGCGCAGGUUAAUUUGAAUGCAAGAUCAGAUCUGAUUGGCCCAACUGUUCAACUCUUCAAGGAAAAACCACAUUCUCUGUGAGAAGAAUAACGACAUAGAUCAAGAUGAAUGCCAUGCUGGAGACCCCUGAACUCCCCGCUGUGUUUGAUGGGGUGAAGCUAGCCGCCGUAGCUGCUGUUCUGUAUGUCAUCGUGCGGUGUUUGAACCUGAAGAGCCCCACUGCUCCUCCCGACCUUUACUUCCAGGACUCCGGUCUCUCACGCUUCCUGCUCAAAUCCUGUCCUCUUCUGACCAAAGAAUACAUCCCACCGCUGAUCUGGGGGAAGAGUGGACAUAUCCAGACAGCCUUGUAUGGGAAGAUGGGAAGGGUGAGGUCCCCACACCCUUACGGGCACCGCAAGUUCAUCACCAUGGCUGACGGAGCCACCUCCACAUUCGAUCUCUUCGAGCCCUUGGCUGAGCACUGUGUUGGAGAUGACAUCACCAUGGUCAUCUGUCCUGGAAUUGCCAAUCACAGUGAGAAGCAGUAUAUCCGAACCUUUGUUGACUAUGCCCAGAAAAAUGGCUACCGGUGUGCAGUGCUAAACCACCUGGGAGCCCUGCCCAACAUUGAGCUGACAUCCCCUCGGAUGUUCACCUAUGGCUGCACGUGGGAAUUUGGAGCCAUGGUGAACUACAUCAAGAAGACAUAUCCCCAGACCCAGCUGGUCGUCGUGGGCUUCAGCCUGGGUGGUAACAUUGUGUGCAAAUACCUGGGGGAGACGCAGGCAAACCAGGAAAAGGUCCUGUGCUGUGUCAGUGUGUGCCAGGGGUACAGUGCGCUAAGGGCCCAGGAGACCUUCAUGCAGUGGGACCAGUGUCGACGAUUCUACAAUUUCCUCAUGGCUGACAACAUGAAGAAGAUCAUCCUGUCUCACAGACAAGCUCUUUUUGGAGACCAUGUUAAGAAACCCCAGAGCCUGGAGGACACAGACUUGAGCCGGCUGUACACCGCAACAUCCCUGAUGCAGAUUGAUGACAAUGUGAUGAGAAAGUUCCAUGGCUAUAACUCCCUGAAGGAAUAUUAUGAGGAAGAAAGCUGCAUGAGAUACCUGCACAGGAUAUAUGUGCCUCUUAUGCUGGUGAAUGCAGCUGACGACCCCUUGGUGCACGAAAGCCUUCUAAACAUUCCAAAGUCUCUCUCAGAGAAACGGGAGAAUGUCAUGUUUGUGCUGCCUCUGCACGGGGGCCACCUGGGCUUCUUCGAGGGCUCCGUGCUGUUCCCUGAGCCACUGACAUGGAUGGAUAAGCUCGUGGUGGAAUAUGCCAAUGCCAUUUGCCAAUGGGAAAGGAAUAAGUCCCAGUGCUCAGACACGGAGCAGGUGGAGGCUGAGUUAGAAUGAGGCCUCUGGACUCUGGCGUGUUCCCGUAGCCCUCCUCUGGAACCCACGGCUGUUUCAGGUCUCUCCUAUCCCUCAGUGACCUGGAUCUGACCUCAUACCAUCAGUGGGGGCCACCCAUCAUGCAACCUGUCUCAAGUAGGCAGCUCUCCCUGGGAGCUCCAGGCUAUUUUUGUGCUUAGUUAUGGGUUUUCUCCAUUACAUUGUUAGCCAUGGUGACAAGCUACAAGAUUCUUACCUUUCUGUCCAGUUUCAGUAUCUGAUUGCUUUCAUGCCAGUUAAAUCUAGUUUUCCUACUAAGGAACACAUCUGAACUUCAGUUUCGCUUUGCCAAUCAAAAGGCCUUUCCCUGAUAACCAUGAAGGAUGUAUGUCACUUUGUGACAGUUGUAUGUGCCCUUGUAGAGUCCCCAACAAGAAGUCAGCAUCUCUGACCAAUGCUGAAGAAAUGACUCAGCUUUGAGAGCCUGGGAGCCUGGGGCCUCCUGGGCCUGAGUUUUGCCUCCAAAACAAAGGAGAUUCCCUGAGUCUAAAGCCAAUUCCUUCUCACCAUCUCCCAAGACACCUUCCUCCCACCUUGCUGCUGCUGAGAGUUGCAUGGGACACUUGUCUAAAAAUUCAGCCUCCCAGAUCCCUCCCCUGGGAGAUGCUGACUUGGUGGGUUUGGGAAGGGGUCUGGGGAUUUUAAUUUUUAACAAGUGCCCCAGGGAAUUCUCAUCACCCAGCAAACUGAAGGAAGCACCAUACUACAGCACCUUUAAAUAGAAAUGUCUCCAAAGCAGGAGGGCCUGUUGUAUGACUGCCUUUGUGUGAUCUUAGUGUGGUGUCCCUAAAAGGGAGAAGGUGUGUGGGCUUAGCCCUAGCUCUGUUUCUCCCCAGGUGUAUGACCCUGGACAAAUCCCUUUGGACUUGACUUUCUUCCCUUGCUAAAUGGAGGGCUUGGACCAGGUAGACUGCUGAGGUGACCACCAGUUCUAAAGUUCAGUGACAAAUUCAGUGUACUGAGGUCUGAGAGAACAUCCCUCUGGGGGUGCCUGGGAAUCUGUCUUCCCAGGCUGAGCAUGCAAAUGCCAGGACUUGCAAUGUUCCCCUCUCCCCAUUUAAUAUAAAGAGAUUUCAGAGUCUUAAUCACUCACUUGUCAUUUUAGUUUUUCAUCCCAGGGUCCGCCUAACUCUGGGUUUUGAUACCAAACGAUUCAAAAGUUGGAUCUGAGUUUGAGGAAAUGUAUGUCCACCUGAGAGGAAAGGGUGUUCUUUUGAAGCCGGUUUGUAACUAAAUAGCCUCCGGAUUGUCUGUUGGGUAGAUCUUUCUAAGAUGUCUUCUGUAGUGGACACGCCACUCUAGGCUUCAAGUACUCUUCUGGAAUUCAUGUGGUACUUGAAUCCCUAAGAACCUGCACUUUGAAAAAUCAGCAGUUGCUCUCAAAUUAGAUGAAACUAUAGGUGAAUUGCCUGGAUACUGUUUAAAAAACAUUUUUUUUCAUUGCUUCAUCUCCUUUGGCUCCAGGACAGACUGAAGUAUAGUACUGGGUCUGUACAGAUAUUUAAGGAGCCACCUGUGCACCCUAAUGCCAAUCCUCAGGGCCCCAGGUGGGAUAGAGAGUGUGGGCAUUGGCCCAAGAGACUGUGACAGGAACGUUUGUGAAUUGAAGAACUGUUUUCUGACAAUCACUAGAUCAUCCCAUAACAUCAUACAUGGACAUUCUCCCAGAAAACUGGGGUUUCCAGUUUGCUUUGCUGUUAUUUCUUCACACUUACCAAAUUCUGUCACUGUGCCCCUCCCAUGGUUGUCAUUUCUCUGUUGCAUGUCUUUUUUUUUUUUUAUGUUCUCUUAGCACAAAUUGGCACUUUAUCAUCCAUCCCUCAACUUGGAAGCUAAUCCUUCUCCGUCAGUUUCCCUCCACCCAACCACAGCUAUUAGAAGACUCACAUAGUUCCUGCUGCUGCCUUUAUCCCUGAAGACUUUUAAAGAAAGCAAUAAGGGGAUAGAGUUGAGGCACCAUCCCUAGAAGUAAGCAUCUCCCUUCGUUUGCCUGAGAUCAUCUCUUUCCGAGCUUGGGCACCACCUGCUUCAGAGAGAAGUCAGCCCUAUGGUCACACUUAGGAGGAGGUGGGAGACUGUCCAGGGAGCCUGGUCUUUACAGCGGUCCUGGAGGCCCACCAAGGAGAGGCAGCACUGGGGCACAGGCUUUGUUGCUACACUACUGGUACUCUGGCCCCUAGGACUGGGGGAGGGGACAUGUGCCAGCUGAAACCUCCUUGGUGUGUGCUCUGAAUGGCACUGGCGUCCCCAUUUUGCUUCACAUGAAAUCAACUGAAGCUCUUUAUUCAAGCUUCGGGCGGGCUCUCAGACAUGGAAAUGAGACUGUGACCAUGGCAGUCUGACAGGAAAAUUCUUGUUUGACCCUGAAUGAGAGCACAGAGGCAUGAAUGUGGAGGAGCCAGCUUGUCUAAUGAAUGAGGAAACAGCCCUUUAUGUAGGUCAGCCUCUUUCCUUCCUCUGGGCUUCCUUGCUUUCUUCCCAAAGUCAUCCAUUCCUGAUAGCAAUGUGAAUUGUCUGUUGGCUAUCAAGGGCUUACUUGAACCAAAGGCCAAAUUUUUAGAGAACAUUUUAAUGUUCUAAAAAAUUGAGGACAUAAAUUAUAUGGAUCUAGACCAUUCUAUGGCAAGAAUAACAUUAAAACCCAAGUGAGGAAUGCAUCCACAUUACUCUAGCUGUGUCCCCUGCCUCUCACAUAAGUGGAAGACAUUGUCUUCGGUCAAAUUAGGGUAACCUAGCUUGAAAAAAAGAUAAUCAAGACUGUGUAGUUAGCAGGGAGUUUCCCCAACUGCAAUGACUUUGCAUCAUCCAUCCCUGGGCCGAAUGAAGGUGGGAAGUUUGUCGUGCUGUCCAUAUUCUUUUCAUUUCUGUAGUGUCUUACAGUUGUAGGGAACCUUAGGAGCUACUGAAGUGUUCCUGAAAGGCAAGUCUUCCUUUAUCCCCAUGGCGUUUCAUACCCAGGGUCAGGAGGCCUGUCUUCUCGUCCCCCCUGGCUCUCACUUUGGACCCGAGCAAGUCACUGCCCCUUUCUGAACCUGUUACCUCAUCCUACAUCACCUCUGAGACUGUUUCAUCCACUUACUGAUCAUUUGCCCAGUCAUUGCUAAGUGUUUGAAGGUAGAAACAGGUGAAUCAAGACCCAUCAGCUCAUCUUGAGAGGACUUGGAGAGGGAGAGGAGGAGCGUGCGCGUUCAGCUUUUCCUAGUUAGGACUCUGGAUGGAAUCCAAAGCCAUCUUUGGCCUCUCUUUCUUGUCUUCACCAUUAAGACAAUUUCCUUGCUGUUCUGAGGGUGGUCCUGUGACCGUGGCAGGUGAGGGCCACCGGUAAUAAGGAAAGUACCUCCGGCCUUCAGUGUGACCAGGCAAAGCAUGGACAGUUGCCAGGACAGAGUCCUUCCUAUACAGGCUCAUUCUGAACCCAGGCUGCACUCUGUGGCUGAGCCUUCUGGGUAGCUGUGCUUAUAUGGCUGGCAUCCGGAUGAGAGCUCUCUUUGUAAGUGGCUGACUUGAAGGAGAGUUUGCCAGCUCCCGGGAUACAGUACGUGUGUUCUUGUUUGUGUUUGCCCCGGAAGCAGGUGCUAGAGAUGUGAGAGGCUUUUCUUUUCCCGUGGCCUUGAUCCUGACUUAGAGUGACAGUUUUAAAAGAAGAAGAAAAAGGAAAAGCAAAAGCAAAAACAAAAACAUGUGGAGUUGGAGGAAGUCCUGGGGUUUCCUCCUUGAGAUACACAGGAAAGUUGUUAGGAAGCAUGUCACUUCAGCAUCCUGUCACCGUGUUUCAUCUGGAAUUGUUUUCCUUACCUUACCCAGAAAGCCUUAACUUGCCUCUAGAAAAUCCCCUGGUAUGACCACAUUGUGGCAUAAGAAUUCAAACUCUUCUACUAUGAAAGUUUGAGGCAAAGCCACAGCCAAACCAGAGAAUUUCCUCAGGUGGCCCAGAGGCUCCUGUGAUGUCACCUCCACCUCUCACCCCCAACAACAUGAGUGGUCUGGAAUAGCCCUGUCACCUGUCGUCUUUGCCUUACUCUUCUCAAAGCCACUUUGGAUCACCCAGAUGCUUCCAGAAGGGGCCUGCUUGGCACUCAGACACCAAGUAGUUGAGAACCAGGUUUCUUCCACCUGGUAUCUAAGCAAAGGACAGUAUCCCCUCUUCAUAAACUAGGAUGGUUUUUCCUAAACUCUAUUUACAGCUAAGGACACAGGAACAGGCCCCUGCUGGCUAACCGAACGGCAUCGAGAGCAAAGGCUGCCCCGCCAGCCUGUCUCUGCUGCCUCCAGGUGCUUUGCUACAGCCCAGCAUCCUCUGGUAGUGGUCCUUAGAGACAGGCCACACAGUCCAGCUAGCCAACAGUCCCCAGACAUCCAGAACAUAGACAGCUGUCCCUUUUGGAAAAGUCCGUCCUUCAUGUUUUCCAACUGUCUUCCUAGCAUGUGUGUAGUUAGAGCUUUCACCGAUGCCUAAUAAAGAAGCUGAAAUUAAUUACUAAUCAGUAGGUUAAAUCCAGAACCCUGAGUCUCGUGAAAGUCCUCAGCCUUUAACUAGACUCCUGUCAAUUAGUAACAAAAUCCAUAACCUUCCAUCUCCCCAUUCCUGGUCCCCUUUAGCCAAGUAAUCUUCUAUUGCCAUAAACUGGGGACAGGCCACUUCUGGCGCCUGCAGAAGUGCCCUUCGUCUCAGUGGGCAUUCUGCCCCCAAACCACACACACAGAGCAGUCAACAUCACCUAAAAAAAAAAAAUUGCCAACCUCCUUGGUCCUCCAGGGCCAACCACUGCUCUCUCAGGCUGCUCUCAUGAGGGAACCCAGUUCCUGGCUACAGGAGCUAGACUCACUUUGGUCUUCAUUUUGGCCUCUUUAGUUUUCCUAAAGCACAAGUCCGUGUAGAAUUCUGUCACCUCCCCAUCCCAACACCUGUUCCAGGUGACCUGGAUCUCUCCUGCAGCCUCAGAGACCUUCACUGGACCUGAGCUUGCAACUUCCCCCACUGCUGCUGCCUUAGUGACCCUGGGCUGGGGCCAGGGAGGAGGCCAGUUUGCCUCCCUCCUUUUCCUAGGUAAACUCCAACCAACCACAGUCUUAAGUUGGCAGAUCUGCUUCCAGAUUGAUUUUUCAGAACCAUCACUUUUACAUUCCUGAUUCUAGUUCAUUUUGCUUUGCUCUCUCUCUCUCUCUCUCUCUCUCUCUGGGUUUUUAGGCAACUCCAGAUGCUGCCCCGGAAAUACUGUAUCUCGGAGUCCGUGCUCUGAAAGCCCCUGCCUGUGCUGCUCUGUCCUUUGACUCCUCAGCACAGGCAUUUCAGACUUGCAAUUAGCAAUGCAACUUUUUCUAAACACGAGGAUAUUUACCUUUAUUAAGAAAUUAUACUAAACAAUGGCGUCCUUGAGUGUUUUAUGUUCUCACAUUACUUUUGAUUCUACUUUGAUUCUGUGUGGUGGUGAAAGAUCAUUACAAACAAAAACUGUAAUUUUGUUAUCUUUGACUCAAUGGAAUUUCUUUACUUAAAAAAAAAUAAAGACUAAAAAAUGUA